AUAGCGAACAUGACAGCAGCAGCAAGAUGCACGCCAGGGCUUGCUUCCACCUCAUACAAGCUCCCUUUCAUGACUUCAGCAAUGAGAUAUAAAGGACACCGUAAUGCCCGCUGCUUCUCAUCCACGUGUCGACGAGCAGCCCACUUGCGCGAUCAUUAUGCAACCCUUGGAGUCCCAAUCACCGCGACGAAGGCUCAAAUAAAGACACAUUUCUACCAACUCAGCAAGAAAUAUCAUCCUGACGUCAGUCAGGACAGUACGGCACGGGGAAAAUUUCACGCAGUGAGUGAAGCUUAUGCAGUGCUUGGGGAUGAUCGGAAGCGGCGAGAGUACGAUCGUAGUAUCCGCCACGCAUCACCGUCACAACCAUCCUCUCACCACCCGCAAGCUACUACAGCACGUCCCUCCAAUAGAUCAGGGUCACGCAGUGCAUGGCAAAAUAAUGCACGUCAGCAUCAGCACCGUGACCCCAAAUUCAGCCAUGCGCAUGACCCAAACGCAGCUUAUGACCACCCAUGGGAGCAUGCUCGAGCAGGCAAAUACACCUACUAUCAACCUCCCCCCGGUGCCCAUUCGCGCACGUCCUAUACGUGGUCGCACACAAAUCCAUUUUCCAGCCCACACGUCCAACGAGCAACGGGUCGUAUGUCUGCAUAUCCUUCACCAGGAACGGGCCCGUCUGAUGGUAACAAUGAAAAUAUGACUAAAGAAGAACCACGCCUAAAAAGAACGCAAACGGACGAGGACAUAGUUGCAGCGGAGAGUGUUGUAGGGCGUGUGUUUGCGGUGUCUGGACUUUUAACUUUCAUGUUAGUGAUAGCCCAGUUCGCGGGUGCGCCGUGGGGCAGUGCGCAUGCAUGAAUCAAUCAAUUUUGCGAUC